AUGGCAACAGCACAAUAUAGUGCAUUGUUUCCACAUGUUGCACCACGUUGUAGAGAACUUCUUCAUAUACUCGUACAUGGUGCCGCUAAUUUACCUAAUAUAGGUAAUCGUUUACCUCAAUAUUAUGUUACAGCACAAAGUCACACAACUGUAGCAGGAGAAGAUAAUGUAGAAACAAUAAAUGCAACAAAUUAUGUUGAAGGUAUUUCACCUCAAUGGAAUGAAAUGAUUUAUGUAGACAUAUCAGAAGAUAAAAGUCAAUCGGAAGGAGUUAUUUUUUUUAUUAUUGAUGAAGUUAGUAAAAAGAAAAUCGUUGAAUAUCAUUUACUAUGGAGAUGGUUAGCACCAUUCUAUGAAUAUCAUUUAAAUUUACAAAAGACAUUACCACAAACAUCUCAAACAACUUGUUUAUAUGUUUCAAUAAUGAAGAAACAAAGUUCUUUAUCAAAAGAAAAUAUUCGAUAUUUUGGUUUAGAAGCAUUAUUAAAUGGAUUUGAUGUACCGAUUACAAAUAGUCAAUCAAGUUAUGUUAUUGCACGAAUUGUACCUGAUUAUAAAUCUUAUAGGCAUAGUUACCGGCAAAACAAAGAAUGUCAUAAAAAUUUUGCUAUAUUUGAUAAAAUCGAUUUUAUAUUUAUUCAUAGACAAACAUAUUUACUUGAUCAAAGAAAUGAAAGUCAUGGUAUUAAGUUUAAAGUAGUAGAAGAUCCUAGCGAGCAAGAUUUUAUAUUACCAGAAUUCUCAGAUGAUGGCUAUCCUCAAUUAUCACUAGCAUCUAAAAGGUCAAAACGUCCAAUAUGGAAACAUGACUUUUUCUUUUCGCAUGAUAAUGAAAAAGAUAAUAUGUUUACAAAUCCGAACAGUGCACUCGUAUUUGAAUUUUAUCCAUUACAAAAUAUUGGUAAUAAUACAAGAUGGCGUAUAGCAGGUUUACUUGGAUGGACAACUAUUCUAUUAGAUACACGAUUAUUAAACGCACUUUCAUCAUCAGCUGCACGAGAAGGCAUGAGAACUGAAGGUCUUAUGAUCAAUAGUGAAGGUGAUUUAGCACCAGAAACUGCGAAAUAUUUAACAGCUGAAGUUGUUCUUCGUCUUGUUACUGAAAGGCAUCCAACAAAAAAUCUUCUUUCAUCAUCAGGUAAUAAUUUACCUGUAUUACCUUCAUAUUAUAAUCAAGGUAUUCAACAAAAUGGUACUGAACCUGUUUAUAUACAAGUGCCUAUGUCACAGAAAAACUUUUUACCAGCAAUAAAAUCACCAACAUUACCACCGCCUGUUGCUCGUUCACCUAUACAAGCAGCUCAACCAACAUUUCUUCCACCACAAUUGUAUCAACCACCUCAAUAUGAUUUUGUACAAAGUGCUCCACAAGCACCAGCAGUAGAUAAUACUCGUUAUCGUAUUCCACGUAUUAAUCCAUAUGAUUUGGAUGAUAUUCCAACAGAAUAUCGAGCUAUGUUAGCAACAAAUUAUCCUCCACGUCGAGAUGAUGAUAUUAAUGGUUGGUUUGAUUAUUUUGAACGUGAAGUUGCACUUUAUAAACAAGCUAUUCGACGUAUUAUACAAGAUGUUACACAAUUACGUGAUCAACAUAAAACAUUAAGAGCAGCAAAUGCUGAUUUACGAACAAAAAUAGAAAAUUUUGAAAAGAAAAAAAAAGUUUUAUAUGAAAUUUUUGAAGGUGAUAAAAUUGAUAAAGCUAAAAUUCAAGAUAUAUUUAAUCGUUUAAAUGCUAAAAUAUCUGCUCAAUCACUUGAAUUAAAAGAAAAUUAUGCAAAAAUAAUUGCUUAUGAAAAAGAAUUAGCUCGGCGAGGUGAAUUACGUGCUCAAUAUGAUGCAUUAGUUCGUUCAAGUCAAGCACGUGAAGUAGAGAUUAAAUUAUUACAACAACGAAUAGGUAAAGCUGAUGGACUUGAAGAAACAGUUCGACGUCAAGAAAUGGUUAUUGAAAGACUUGAAUCAAUGAUUAAUAAUUAUAUGAAACAAAAACGAUUAGGAGGAGCAUUUAAUGAUAUUGAUAGAAACUUUUUAUCUGAACAUGCUGCACUUGGUUUAGAAACUCAACAACUUCAAAGACGAGUAUCUCCUGGACGUCAUACAGCAAUGGUAAAUAGUCAUCGAGACGAUCUUCUUCAACAAAAUAUAGCUUAUCAACAAGAAUUAGCUACGCUUAAAGCUCGAUUGCAAGAAAAUUCAGCUGCAUGGGGAAAAGAAAAAGUUGAAUUACUUUCGAAAAUCAACGAUAUGGAGCCAUCGUCACCUACACCACCGACACGAAUACGAAAACCAAAGCCUUAUUAA